AUGACCUCCAGCCCACCACGGCCAUACCGUUUCAAAUCGACUACCCUGAAAUUCCAGGUUCCAGGGCUGAAGAGCCUGCCGAAUAUCUUCCAGAACUCCAAGUUCAUUCGGGACAUGGCAGACUCAGACACAUGGAAGACGACAAUGAACAUACUGCACAAGGUUCGCACAUGGUCGCGAAUGACCAUCUGGGGAGACAGACUUUUCCUCCAAUUCGACGGCCCUACAAAGAUCCUCUUGCAAACCCGUGGACCUCGUAUCAAUGAUAUCAUGUCUGCCCGUGAAAUCAACGAGAUCGCCGAUACGCCGAGAGGACUGACCUUCGACCCUACAACUUCUGCUAAACAACCAAGGGUAGAUGGAGAGGAAUUCAGAAACGUCGCUCACGACGCUGUCCAUGCAGGUCCCGGACCCUCGCGGACAAUCGAGGAACUGGAAAACGAGAUGAAAGGGAUAAGCCAGAGUAUCGCGACGCUCACAAAGGAGGGAAAAGUUAUCAUUGAAAAGAUUGCUGAGAAGAAGUAA